AUGUUGCGUCCGACAGCAUCAGAGUUCACGCUGCAGCUGUCAACUGCGCUCGUUGUCAAAUCUCGAGCUGCAAACUACGCAACUAUUCUCCGCCUCUCUGUAGUCUUCGUCUCACCACAUGCCCGCCAUGCGUCAUUGGUACAACCUACUCCUCCUGUUUUUACGUGGUCUUCGGGUUUCCAUUAUGCCGUAUUCAAUUUCUGUCACAUUGACACAACCGUCCAGCAAGCGAUCCUGGUUCUUGGAAUUGCUUCUUUUCAGUAUUCCUAA